GAACACAAUGAUGAAAAUUUGAACCUUCAAGAUAAUCCUGGUUCAGAAAGAAAAGCAUCAAUAAAUGCAUUCUACGAACACCACCCGACUUAUGCAGAUUAUAGUUCAGCAAGCAUCAUUAAUUUUAAUGGUUUGAAUCUUCAAGAUAGUAAUCGCAGAUCAAGAAAAUACUCUGAAAGGCUCAAAUCUUUGAUAUAA